AUGCUGUUUUUAUUUGUUUACAUGGUGACCAUAUGUGGAAAUUCUGGGAUGAUGACAAUAGUUUUUAUCUCGUCCAGUCUUCACACUCCGAUGUACUACUUUUUGAGCUACUUGUCUGUGGUGGACCUCUUCUACUCUUCAGUAAUUGCCCCCAAAAUGUUGUCUGACCUUCUGUCUGACAAGAAAUUAAUCACAUUCGUUGGUUGCGUCCUUCAGUUCUACUUCUUUUCUUCAAUGAUCGGUACGGAGCUCCUUGUCCUGACCAUCAUGGCGUACGACCGAUACGUCGCCAUCUGCCGCCCUCUCCACUAUAUCCUAAUAAUGACGAAGAAGAAAUGUCUCCGUCUUGUCCUUGUCACUUUCUCCAUGGGAUUUCUGCACUCCAUUGCGCAGACCAUCAGUCUAUUCAGUCUUGAUUUCUGUCAAUCCAACCUCAUAGACCACUUCUACUGCGACAUUCCUCCACUGGUCAGGUUGUCUUGUUCUGAAAUUCGCACCUGCACCAUCGUCACCCUUUUCUUUGUGUGUUUAUUUACUAUAGGUUCAAUGACAACCAUCCUGGUGUCCUACACCCUCAUCAUUUCUUCCAUCUUACGGAUAAACUCUGCGGCUGGCCGGAGAAAAGCCUUUAGCACCUGUUCCUCCCAUCUUACGUGUGCUACCAUCUUCUAUGGAACAAUUUACCUCAAUUACUUACCUCCAUCUAGCAGCUCACAUAGGAAGCAAGAAAAGGUAUUCUCUGUCCUCUACGCCGUGGUGACCCCAAUGCUAAAUCCUCUCAUCUACAGUUUGAGAAACCAAGAGGUGAAAAAGGCCAUCAUACAACAAGUGCAGAAGGGUCACAAUGAACAUAGAUGA